CGUUUUCCAAGUUUAUUAUUUUUGUUACUAAUUCCAAUCAUCUUCCGAAUGAAAAGUCACCUCCUUCUUCUUCCUUCACUCUAAAGAGCUUCAUCCAAACCCUGCGUUUUGAAACCAAAAAAGAAAAGUAAAGAACGUGAUGGCUAUUUCACCGCAAACUUUCCCUCCCAGAAAACGACGACCCUCAGCAGGGUCGUUUAUCUCGCCGAAGCUAAACGACAUCAACCUCCUCCACUCCCUCCUCCAUCUAACGACACAAAUAAGUUCCAUAAACCGUUCAACGACACUGCCUCUGCUUAAACGCAGCGCCAAUGCUGUCGUUCGCAAGGCGAAGCUACUCGCCGUUCUAUUCGAGGACCUAAUACGAAAUUCCGAUUCUGGCCUCGCUUCUUCUACUUCUUCGUCAUCCUUCCUCCUCUGCCUGGAAGAGACAUACAUCGUUCUGCACCGAAUCAAAACCCUAAUUGAAGAUUGCUCCAACGGAAGCAAGUUCUUCUUCCUCAUGCAAAUCGAAACCGUCGCCGACAACUUCCACAAACUUACCGGAGAACUCUCCACGCUCCUUGACAUCUUCCCGGUACACGACCUAGACCUGAACGACGACGUUCAGGAGCUCGUGAUUCUAAUCAGAAAACACUGCUUGCAAUCGAAACCGGUGAUAGAGGAUUCAGAAACAGAGCUCCGAAACGAGGUGGUUUCGGUGCUGGAGAGUAUCAAGAACGAGAUCGUACCUGACCGGAGCAAACUCGCUUCGAUCUUCGAGAGGUUGGAGAUUCGCGAUUCAUCGAGCUGCAGGGCAGAGAUUGAGUGCUUGGAGGAGGAGAUCCAGAAUCGGAGCGAGGAGAAUUCCAAGUCUGAGAUCGUCGCCUUGAUCGGUCUCGUUCGCUACGCAAAGUGCGUCCUCUUCGGCGCUUCAACCGCCGCCGCGGCGUCUUCUUCAGUGGAGGUUCAACGGCGGAAACAGCCAUCGGAGUUAGUUGUUCCGGCGGACUUCCGGUGUCCUAUAAGCCUAGAGCUCAUGCGUGAUCCCGUCGUCGUGGCGACAGGGCAGACGUACGAUCGUGAAUCGAUCAAGCUCUGGAUGGAUUCUGGACACAACACGUGUCCAAAAACGGGUCAGACCUUGGCCCACACAGAACUCAUACCAAAUCGCGCGUUGAGAAACAUGAUAGCAUUGUGGUGCCGCGAGCAGAAGAUUCCCUUCGAUGCAGAAACCGUUACCGGAAGGCCUAUAAGCCGCGUAACAAACAAGGCCGCGCUUGAAGCCACGCGCAUGACGGCGUUGUUUCUGGUCAACAAACUCAAGGUCCCUGUAACUAACUCUCAGUCUAUGGAGGACUCAAACGCCGUCGUUUACGAGCUUCGUUUUCUGGCCAAAACAGACUCGGAUAGCCGAGCCUGCAUCGCGGAAGCUGGAGCCAUCCCGCUUUUGGUUCGGUAUCUCAGCUUCGACGUUGGGGUUCAUAGUCCAAGCCUGCAGGUUAACGCCGUUACUACGAUAUUGAACCUUUCAAUAUUGGAGGCGAACAAAACGAGGAUAAUGGAGACUGACGGCGCACUUAACGGAGUUGCGGAGGUUUUGCGUUCGGGUGCCACGUGGGAAGCUAAGGCAAAUGCAGCGGCCACGGUGUUCAGUUUGUCAGGUGUUCCAGCUUAUAGAAAGAGACUUGGAAGGAAGACACGUGUCGUGAAUGGAUUGGUCCAGUUGGCAAGAUGUGGACCCGAGGGACCCAGGAGGGAUGCAUUGGCGGCAAUUCUGAGUUUGGCGGCGGAUAGGGAAAGCGUGGCAAAGUUAGUGGAGGGCGGCGCGGUGGAAAUGGCGGUGGAGGUGAUGGUGGCCGUACCAGAGGAGGCGGCAACUGUGUUGGAGGCCGUGAUUAAGCGCGGUGGGUUGGUGGCAGUGGCAGCGGCAUACAAUGGGAUCAAGAGGCUGGGAGCAGUGUUAAGAGAAGGUUCAGAGAGGGCAAGGGAAAGCGCCGUGGCGACAUUGGUGACAAUGUGCCGGAAAGGGGGGUCGGAAGUGGUGGGGGAGUUGGCGGCCAUUCCGGGGGUAGAGAGAGUAAUUUGGGAGAUAAUGGCAGUUGGAAGCGUCCGGGGGAGGAGAAAGGCGGCAACAUUAUUGAGAAUCCUACGCCGGUGGGCGGCCGGGUUAGAUGGCGUAGAGAUAGAAGGGUUUUCAACAACCACCAUGGCUUCCGCAACCACUGUGGGGGUUCCAACUUCCAAUUCAGUAGCGCAGUAAACUUUUGUCUAUUUUUUCUUAGAAUUUCUUUAUAAUUGUAAAUGAUGUAAAACUUGUUAUCAUUGGUUUUUUUUUUCUCUUAAAAAAGAAUUGAUUUUUUGCCAUCCUUGUAAAAUGUAAUUUAUGGAGCAGUUUAUUUUAUUUGAUUUUAAUUUCUCCAUUCUUCUUA